AUGCGAUUCACCCUCCUCACCGCUGCCUUGGUCGCGGUCGCCCUCAGCGCUUCCGGCGAGGCCGAAGCUGCUUCUAUUGAGUCUCGUGACUGGUUCUCAGACAUUGUUGCCUUGCUGGCCAACAAGAAGUACUUCGGAGCCUCUGGCUACCCCUGGCAGCAGUCUUCUACCCCCGGCUGGUACAUUGGCAACGUUGCCUGCUCCCAGCCCAAGUGGGACGGUGGAAGCACUCUGCUGUGCAAGACUUGGCCCGCAUCUUGGAGCAGCUUCUGCCGCAAUGGAAACCCAAACAAGGCAUCCCCUCCCUCUCACUCAUGGGACUGGGGAUUCCAGGGCAAGCCCUCGUGGCCUCGCCCCGCCUACAACAAUGGUCACGGUAUCAAGUCACCCGUCAAGUGCACCACUACCGCUGUCUCCACCGUGACCUCCGUUGUCCCCACCACCGCAACCACCACCGUCACAGCGAGCGGCACCACCACCGUCGUUCCCACUACCACUGACACCACUGUCACCUCGGUUGUCACCACCACCGCCACCACUUCGACUACCAUCUCCUCUGCAGUGUCUGUGGCCACUGGUACUCCCCUCAACACUUGCGACGACGGCUACCUGCAGACCUUCAACAACUACACCACUGUUGCUACUACUGGUGUAUACGCUGGUCAGGUCGUCGGUGCUGCCAUCAUCGACAAUGCCAACUACCUCACCUACGGUCUCUCCAACACUACCGAAGGAUGCCUGACCGUCUGCGACCAAGUCAGCGGCUGUGCCUUUGUCAAUGCCUACCUCGACCACGGAGACACAACCGAGGGCGACAUGGGUGGCAAGUACAGCGGAGCUUACACUUGCGCCCUCUACUCCAUCUGCGAGUCUACUAGCGCUGCCACCAACUACGGAGGCCAGAACGACCCUUCCUACAUCACCGACUCUUCCGGAUGCCAACUACCAGACAUCUUCAAAAUGGUCCGCACAGGAGCUUUCGCCAUUCUUGCCGCCGUCAUUUCUCUGACCGGCUUCGUCUCGGCCGGCAACGGCCACCACUACGACUGCAGCGACUGCCAGCUAAUCUCUCGUUCCACUGAAUACGAAAAGGCCAACAUUGCCCUUCAGUGCACUCGCCAACUCUCUGCGCACAUCACCAAAUUCUACAAGGGUGGUGAUGACUCUUCUUGGGACCUCAGCAAGAAGCCCCUGACUCGCGGCUCUGCCCCCGAUGGCAGGUUCGACGUCAUCAAGGAGGUCACUUACCACAACCUGCAGUUCCACCCCGACUCACACGGUGGCUUCACCAUCGACGACUUCAAGUGCGCCAACGGCAACUCUGGAUCUGCUGUCUGCACCGCAUGCGAGAAGAUCACCGUCUGA